CACCCUCACAGCAAUUUCACUUUACACAACUACAGCCACGGCCUAUCUCCUGAUAGGCUUACAAUUACAGGCGAGGAGAUUCCAACGGUGGUUUGUCUCCUCCUUUCCCUGGCAGUGAGCAUGCGUGACGGUUGUGUCAGAAGGCUACAUGAAAAGGCUGCACUGAGGGGAAAGUGAAGCAUGUCCGCGGUGUAAGAGUUAUCAUUUCAGGAUAUAAUCAUUAGCUAACAAGGGCUUGGAUAUUUGCAGGACAACUGAACGCAAAUAUGUGGCUUGCUUGUGUUACAGUAAGGGCUAGGCAACUUGAACGUUUCAUAGUUUCCCCUUUGAUUACGAGACUUAAAACUACUGCCUGCCAUAUUCCAUCCUCAGUCUUGGAUCUUUCAAGUCCCAACUCUGGGCUAGCUUGGCAGUAUCUGAGGCCCAGUUAUUCCGGGAAACGUGUGGGCGCUUAGGAUAGUCUAGUAAUCGGUUUAGCACGUCUUCAUGGACUCUGGCUAAGAUGAAAAGGGUGGCGGAUAAAUUACUGUAAGAUAAGAUACAAUUGACAAUCACUAUAAGAAUGGCAGGCUUGAAUUGUUUACACAUUUCCAAUUUAUUUAAGAUUGUUAUAUACUAUUCAAUAAAGAUAUUAAACCAUCAUGAUCACGCUUUUUCUUAUGAAAUACUGCCGUAUGUUUUUAGUUUCAGCCUCCGCCUUUGUCUGCUUUUUUCUCGCAUGUUUUUCCUUGGAGUUCCUCCCCCUGCGGCGCUGGGCGGAGUUUCAUACCGAACCAGACGCUCCUUUUGUCGGAUCCGUUUCGACCUGACUCCCCGGGGUUUACAGCUGAAAAAGGGACACUUAAACAGCCCCAAAAUACUUACUACGAAUACCUUGAUUUUUGUAAACAACGCUGGUUUCUAACUGUCACGACAGGAUCUCUCGACGCUGGGCCGGUUAAGCUGCCCACAGACGCCGCACCAUGAACGGUAGUGGCAACGUUGCUUCAGCCUCCCACUCCGUCCGGAUCAAAACCGAGAUCAAAACCGAGCCAGUUGUAGAUGCCUGGAGUAAGGAGGACUGUCUCACUCUUUUGGAGAGGAUACGGAGCCUGUUACCUGAUAGUGAUGCCAUGAAAUACAAGACCACUGAGUCCCACUUUGACUGGGAGAAGGUCUGCUUUGGAAGUUUUACCGGAGACAUGUGCAAACAGAAAUGGGCGAAGGUUUCCACUGAGGUACGGAAGUUUAGGACAAUGACAGAGCUCAUAGUUGAUGCCAUUGAGUUUGUGAAGAAUCCUUACAAAGGAAAGAAACUGAAGACACACCCCGACUUCCCAAAGAAACCCCUCACUCCGUAUUUCCGGUUCUUCAUGGAGAAGCGGGCGAAGUACGCCAAGAUCCACCCCGAGAUGAGCAACCUUGAUCUCACCAAGAUCCUGUCCAAGAAAUACAAGGAGCUCCCCGACAAGAAGAAGCAAAAAUACAUCACAGAGUUUCAGCGAGAGAAGGAGUCCUUUGAGAAGAACAUGGCGCGAUUCAAAGAGGACCACCCAGAGUUGAUAGAGGAGAGGAAGAAGUCGGAUCUUCCCGAGAAGCCUAAGACUCCCCAGCAGCUGUGGUAUAACCAUGAGAAGAAGACUUACAUGAAGCUCCACCCUGAUGUUAGCCAGAAGGAGCUGAAGGAGGCUCUGAGGAGACAGUGGUCCCAGCUCUCAGACAAGAAGAGACUCAAGUGGAUCAGCAAAGCCCUGGAGCUGCAGAAAGACUAUGCGGGCAGUAUGAGAGUCUACCAAGAGGCCCACCCAGAUGCCGAGGAACAUGUCAAGUCCGUCCUCACCAAAGCUGAGCGGCAGCUCAAGGACAAGUUUGACGGCAGGCCAACCAAGCCGCCGCCGAAUGGCUACUCCUUAUACUGUGCCGAGCUGAUGGUGAACAUGAAGGACGUCCCCAGCACGGAGCGCAUGGUGCUCUGCAGUAAACAGUGGAAGAUGAUGACCCAGAAAGAGAAGGACAUGUUUCAGAAACGCUGUGAGCAGAAAAAGAAACAAUACGAAACUGACCUCCAGAGGUUUCUAGAGAGUCUCCCAGAGGAGGAGCGGGAUCGUGUGAUGACUGAGGAGAAGCUGGGGGGCUCGCGGCUGGGCAUGGGUGCCGCUGGCAGCCCACACAGAGCCAAGUCCCCCUCCGCCAAGGUGGGUGUCGCAAAACCCCAACAGGAACGCUGCCGCGAAGCGGAGACGGAGCACUGGGUACACACGGGCCUGACAGCAAAGGAGAAGCGUGACGGCAAGAAGAGGACCAAGCUCCCCGAGACGCCCAGGACUGCCGAGGAGAUGUGGCAACAGAGUGUCAUAGGAGACUACCUGGCCAAGUACAGGAGCGAUCGCAAGAAGGCCCAGAGUGCCAUGGAGUCGGCCUGGAAGGCCAUGGAGAAGAAGGAGAAGAUCCCGUGGAUCAAGAAGGCGGCCGAGGACCAGAAGCGAUACGAGGUUCAGUACCGACCCGUGAGGGAGCUGUUGGAGAUGAGAACGCCACAGUCCGGUGCCGGCCAGCGAAAGCCCAAAUUUGAAGGGGAGCCCAAGAAACCACCGGUGAGCGGCUACCAGAUGUUCUCCCAGGAGCUGCUGACCAACGGCGAGCUCAAUCACUUCAGCCUGAAGGAGCGCAUGGUGGAGAUUGGCAAGCGCUGGCACAAGCUCAGCCAGAACCACAAGGACAAGUACAAAAAACUUGUGGAGGAACAGCAGAUUGAGUACAAGGCGGAACUGGAAGACUGGGUCAAGUCUCUCUCUCCCCAGGAGCGAGCGGUUUAUAAAGAGUUCUCUACCACGAAACGGCGGAGCACCACCAAGACGCAGGGGGCCCCGGGCGCCAAGAUGCGCUUGACGGCGGCCGGGAAGGGGAAGGCGGUAGGUGCCAGAGCCACAGCCGCAGGGGUCGGGGGGGGCAAGCGGGCCAUGGCGUACCGGGCCAAGCAGGUGACGUCUGAGUCGGAUGAUGACGACAAGACGGACUCGUCCGGAAGCUCCGAUGACGACGACGACGAGUCGUCUGGCAGCUCCGACAGCGACGACGAGGAUGACGAGGACGACGAUGACGAGGAUGACGAUGACGACCAAUCCGAGGGCUCCAGCAGCUCUUCCUCAGAGGACAGCAGUGACUCGGACUCAGACUAGCCACGCCCACCCCCAGAGUGGGGCUGUGCGGGACACGCCUCCUCAUGAGUCAGGAAGAGUCGCGGUCACGGCGACGUCAUCGUGAUAGGCUCACACGUUGGCUCCUCCCACCUCUUUCUCUCCAGGAGACGCGAGAGGCGGGAGAGCGAGAGAGCGAAGCGGAGGAAGCAAACCGAGGACCGGAGGAGUCACGCUCCCCCUGUUCCUCCCAUAUUCGACCCAGGGACGGGUGUUCUCCUUAACAGGGGCUUUAUGUGUUCAUUGCAUUCAUUUUUUUUAUUGCCUUUAUAUGGGUGUGUUAUUAUAAACUUGUUGCAACGUUUUCUUUCUCUUUUAAAAAAAAAAAAAACUAAACUUUGAGAAAGAUUGUUUUGAAUUUAAGCAGUUGCGGCUUGUUUUUAUGUUUUUGAAAGAGUUUGGUUUCUACAGCGUUUUUUUUUUUUUUUUUUUGGACUGGGAGGGGCGUAUUGAAGAGUUUGCCAUUGUUCGUCCUUGUGGGGCUCUGACAGUCUGUGCGGAGUGAGGAAUACUGCCGCUCUUCCUCCUUUGAAAAAUCUGGUCAAACACUCAAAUAAAAUGCACUUUUUUUUCUCGUA